UUUUUAGUUUCCAGUGUAACUUCAAAUUGUGAAGGUCGUCGACGGUAUACAAUUUAAUAUUAUUUCGCGUUAAAGCGUUUUAAGACAUAUACACACAAAAAAUAAUAAUUUUUUUUUUUUUUAGCUUAGCUAAAUGUAAUAAUUAAUAAUUAAAACAAAAAAUGUGUAACAAAUAACAAAAAAAAAAAAGAGAAAAAAAAAUACGUUUUAUAGUAAACAAAAAAUAAAAUAAAAUAAAAAGUGUUAUACACAAAUAUAAUUAAAAAAAAAUUAAUUAUAAAAAAUUAUAUUAAGAUUUAAAAUUUAAUUACAAUAUUAAUAUUAGAAAUAAAAAUUAAAAAAUUAAUAAGUAAUAAUUACCAAUAAGGGUUUCAAAUAUUUAAAAAGAAAAAUAAAAAUAUUCUUCCUCUUUUUAAUUUUACAACAAAAUCAAAGUUACAAUACACACACCUACACACAUAUUUACUUCACGAUGAAAGUAUAUAAGGGUGUCUAUGUGUUUGUUAGUUUUUCGCCAAAAAUUCAGAUAAAAUUCAAUAAAACAUAAAUGAAAUAAGCAAAAAAUAAAAAGAAGAAAAUAAUCACUUAAUAAUAAAAUUUAAUUUUAAAAUUGUGAAUAAGAUUUCAAAAAAAAAAACAAAAAUUAAAAUAAAAAUGAAAAUGUAAAAAUGAUUCUACACAAAAAAGCUGACAAUCAGCCAAAAUAAACGCAAAAAAAACCAAAAAAAAAAAAACAAUAAUAAUUAUAAAAUGAAAUUUUUAGAAUAAUAUUAGAGAAACACAAAAAAAAAAACAAACAAAAAAAAACAUUUUGAAAAUUAUUAACCUGUCAAACUCUCUAGUGUCAUUUUGUUUAUGUGACCGCGUAUACAAAUGUCAACAAAAGUAAAUUAACAGAAAACAAGACGUAUUUAAAUAUUUUAAAUAUUUAUUUACACAUACUUACUUACAUAGAAAUAUAAUGUAUAUAUAUAUAUAUUUGUUAUAUAUAUAUACAAGUAUUUAACUCACAAUUAUGAUAUUUAUUAAAUUUGUGUUAAAUUUAAAAUAAAAAGUAAAAGAGAAUUUUAAAAACAAAAAAAUUUUGAGAAAUCAAAUUUUGCAAGAAAAAAAAACAACAUUUCAAAAACAUAAAAGUGUAAAACAUAUGAAAAACACCGCGUUAAUAUUUUCAUAUUGAACACACACCCACUUCAUGCAUCUGUGGAAAAUAAAAUAAAAAAAAAGAGGCAUAACACAUGUGAAUUUUCUUAACUCUUGAGGAAUUUUAAAGAGAAAGAAUUUUUACAAAAAUAUUUUGUUAUUUUUUUAAUUUCUACACAAAAUAAUUGAAUAAUUUCAAAUUUUAAUAUUAUACAAGUGUAUUCAAAAUGUUAUUUGUGAAUAAAAAUUAAAAACCUCUUUUGUUUUGGUUUCAUUCUUAAAAUUUAUAAUUAUUGAUUAAAUUAAUAAAAAAACAACAACCAACAAUAAAAAAAUUUAUAAAAUUUUUCAAAAUAUUUACAAAAACAAAAUGAUGAAUAAAUUAUUAAUUUUAAUUGAAUAAUAAUUAAAAAAAUCACAAAAAAUAUUACCUAAAACCAAAAAUUUAAAAUUGAAUCAAAAAAAUUAAAAAAAGAAAAUCCAAGCAAGGCAAAGUUUCCUUUUGAAAUUCACUCAAAUAAAAUUGAAAAUAAAUUUCAAAAAUCUUUUUAAAUUAAAAUAAAAAUUUUUAGAGGAACACAAAUAAAUCCAAAAAAAAAAGGAAAAAUAAUAAAUCAGAAAGAAAAUAAAAAAAAUUUUUAAUCUUGUGAUUUUUUUUUUUGUUUUCGUUUUCGUUUUUUUUUUUUUAAAGUGGUUUUGAAAAAGUGUGCGCGAUAUUAAAAAUUAAUUUUUUAAAAAAUUUUUGUUCGAACUCAAAAUGACAGAAUUUGUGACACCUCAUCUUCGAACUGUAUUAAAAACUUAUCAGAAUAGUGCCACAAAAAGCCUUCAAGGUCCUGGACAAUCAUUGCCAUCAGUUGCAACACAACAUCAUUUAUCAACACAUCAUUUAAAUAAUCAUUUAACGGCUACAGUAACAACGGGAUCAGCAACUGUAUUAGCGAUUCCAUCACAAAAUAAUCAUUUAAAUAAUAAUAAUAAUAGCAAUACAAAUAAUUGUAAUUUAUUAAUUAAUAAUAAUAAUAACGGUAGUAAUAGUAAUAAUAUAAAUCUUAAUCAUAAUGGAUCUAAUACAAAAAAUAAUACAAAUAUAUUAUCAACAUCAUCAACAGCAUCAUCAUCAUCAGCAUCAAUAUUAUCAUCAAUUAAUACAACAAGUGGUAUUACAAUUAAAAAAGAAAUUCUUAGCUCACCGGAGCCAUUAGAUUGUAAUGAUACAUCGGAUAAUAUGAUGCAUAAUGUAAUUGUACAACCACCAUUACCACCAGAAAUACCACAACCAAUAUUAACAGCACCAGAUACUGGUUGUGGUGAAUUAUUACAUACUGAAUUAGAGGGUAAACCAAUUGGUUGUUUUUUAUUAGGUGGUGAAAUGCGUUUAUGUUUACCACAAUUUUUAAAUAAUGUAUUAACUGAUUUUACAUUAGAUCAAAUUAAUCAUAUAUUUGAUGAUCUCAGAAUAUUUUGUUCACAAUGUUCACCAGAUCAAUUAAUGAAAUUUAAAGGGGCAAAAAUAUUACCAGAUGAUGUUAAAGCAUCUGGUUUAAUAACACGUACUGAUGCUGAAAGAUUAUGUGCAGCAUUAUUACAUCGUUCUGAUAUUGGUCGUUGUAAUAUUGACAUUCCAAAAGGUGCUACAUCAUUUAAAGUAUAUCAUCGUUGUUUUGGUAAAUGUGAAGGUAUAUGUAUACCAGAUUUAUAUUCAUUUCAAAAGCCAUCAUGUAUAAGAUGUUGUGAAUGUAAAGGUUUAUUUUCACCACAAAAAUUUGUUGGACAUGUACAUCGUUUACAUGAAAAUCGUACAUGUCAUUGGGGUUUUGAUUCACGUAAUUGGCGUGAUUAUUUACAUGUUGCAUUAGAUGAAGAUAAUCGAGAUAAAUAUACAAAAAUGCUUGAUGAUUUAAAAGAAAUUGAACAACAGGAAAUUAUGAAUGCUGAAUUACAAAUGGCAGCUAUUAAAAGAAAGGUAUGUGAAAGAAUUUGUAACAAAUAUGGUAAUUAAUUUUUAAAUAACAAUUUAUUUAAUUUUAAUGAUAUUUAUUUUUAAUAAUUAUAAAAAAAGCUCUUAAAUUUUUAACAUACUUAAUUAAAAUUUAUUAAAAAAAUUUUCUAAAUUUGGAAU